UUGCUGUACCAGAACUAUGUCCAUGUACUCUGUGCUCAUGUCCUCACUAAAUAGAAACAGUUCUUAAUGUACACUGAAUAAAAUCACCCCCUUGAAUAGCUAUUUCACCUGAUACACAAGGUAUUGUCUCAAUGAUGGAUACACGAGAGUGUAGGGUUACCAGGUCGCUGUUCCUGGCUUUGCUGGUAGCCUUAACGGGUGUAAAUUCUGCUAGGCUGCUUUGACACAACUGGAAAAACCCUGCUGAAUCGAGGUGUGCUGACCUCAGUCUUUCAGUGUUCAUGUGAACAUCUCUGGUUGCCAACAGCGUCAAAGAUGCCUGGGCUCUAACCAGAUUUUUUUUUUUUUUAUUUUUGUUUUUAUAAUCAGAAUCUCACAUCAGCUAAACUCUCCCAGCUAACCCCUUCCUCGUCACCUGAUACAACGAAUGCAGCUAGAACAAUACAAACAAACAAAAAUACACCCUAAAGAUAUGAAGCCUGUUAAAACAAGCCGAUGAGCUUUCCAGGAGGAGCCAGGGAGAGGUGAAGCCACGAGGAGGCUGAGGGCCCAUGGGAAGAGUUGCAAGAACAGGCUCUCUUCUCCGGAACCAUGCCAGAGAUGACAGAGAAUGAGACACCUACUAAGAAGCAACAUCGAAAGAAAAACCGGGAGACACAUAAUGCAGUGGAGAGACAUCGAAAGAAGAAGAUUAAUGCUGGGAUAAACAGAAUUGGAGAACUCAUUCCCUGCUCUCCAGCACUUAAGCAGAGCAAGAACAUGAUCCUGGAUCAGGCCUUUAAGUACAUAACAGAAAUGAAAAGACAGAAUGAUGAACUUCUAUUAAAUGGAGGGAACAAUGAACAGGCUGAAGAGAUAAAAAAACUCCGGAAACAGUUGGAUGAACUGCAAAAGGAAAAUGGGAGAUACAUCGAACUACUGAAAGCAAAUGAUAUUUGCCUGUAUGACGACCCUACAAUCCACUGGAAAGGAAAUCUCAAAAAUGCCAAGGUCUCAGUUGUUAUUCCCAGCGAUCAGGUUCAAAAGAACAUCAUUGUCUAUUCUAAUGGGAGUCAACCCAAUGGAAAUAACCAAGGAGCACCUGUCCAGGGAAUAACGUUUAAUGUUACUCAUAAUUUACAAAAGCAAACAGCCAAUGUUGUGCCAGUUCAGAGAACUUGCAACAUAGUGACUCCUGUGACGAUUGCUGGCAUUUAUCCCACAGAAAACAAGCCAUGGUCUCAGCCUACGGUUUCUCCACUGGCAUCUGCUCAGACAACUCCAGCAGGGCCCGUUCUUGAGCUUUCCACCCCAGAGAAUGAGCGAGGUGUGCUCACCACUGCUGCUGCCAGCUCACAGAGUGCAUCUCAGUCCAGCACAGAACAGGAACUACAGUGUUCUUCAAGUAAUGCACCACAGAAUGAUCAAAAUCUCCCCAAAAGUAAAAAUGAGGAGGAGGGCACUAAGCCAACAAAGAAAACACUCCUGCAGGGAAUCAGCCUUCCUUCCAGUGCCUCUGUGGAAACCUCCCAAGUUCAACAGGUGAAUGCAGCUUGCUCAAAUACAGACAAUUCCAGGAGUGACCUCCAGGAAAGCUGUGUCAUUUCAGCCACAGACACAGCCUGUGUGCCACCUGUGAGACUGUCUACUGCAGAUAGCUUUUCCUCUGUAAAUGUCCUCAAAAGCACAGACAUAGUGAGCAGUGCCGGAGUGCCUGCGACCUCUGCAGCAGAAGGAGUUAAGGCUGUGACAGCAAUAAGCACUCUGGCUGCCAGUCCCUUAGAGAACUGCUGGUCUUUUUCAGGCUCUUCAGGUGUUGGCACUUCAGACUUGAAAAACAUGAGUAGCCUUACACGGAUGCCUUCAACUGGAAACACACAGACCACGUGGACCACUUUGCAGCUGGCAGGAAAUACUGUCCAGCCACUAAGCCAAACGCCAUCUGGUAUAAUGACUGCACUAUUAAAUGAGCCAGUUAAUGGUGCUGGUACUGUGUCUUCUGCUCACAGCAGGCCUUUGACCACCAGUAUCAGUUUGAAUGCUUCUCUGCCUGGGGAUGGCCAGGCAGCUGAACAGAUUGUAGUUACCUUGCCCUCAUGCCCACCCUUACCUAUGCAGCCUUUAAUCAGCCAGCCACAGGUUAAAACUCAGGCUGCAGGAAGUAUCCUUCCAUUAAAUUCAGCUAUGCAGGUGAUUCAGAUGGCUCAGCCAGUCGCGUCAGCUGUUACAGGAGCGCCAGCUAACCAGAAUGUCAUCAUUCUCCAGCCUCCAAACCCCGCUCCGUGCCCUCCGAUUGUGAGAGCAGAAGUUCCCAGCCAAAAUGUUAGUCAGCAAAUUGUAAUUAUACAGGCUGCUAAUCAGAAUCCUCUUCCCCUCCUCUCCGCUCAGCCUUCUGCUUCUGUGAGAGUUCCUGUGAAUGGGCCGACUGCAGUUGCGAACUCCAGCAGCUCCAUGCAAAAUGCGUCUCUUCCACAGACUUUUGGAGGGAAACACCUUGUCCAUAUAUUACCAAGACCAUCUUCUUUGCCGUCUUCUAGCUCUACUCAAACAUUUUCAGUUACAAUGUCCAAUCAGCAGCAUCCUCAGACUAUCUCGUUAAAUGGGCAGCUUUUUGCAUUGCAGCCUGUGAUGUCCUCAUCUGGAGCUUCAAAUCAAGCCCCUAUGCAAAUUAUUCAACCCACCACCAGCGAAGAUCCAAAUACCAAUGUUGCCCUCAAUACAUUUGGUGCUUUAGCCAACCUCAAUCAAAGCAUAUCGCAGAUGGCUGGGCAGAGCUGCUUACACUUGUCUCUCAGCCACCCCACCAAUCCCGCAACCAUCAAUAACCAGAUUGCCACAGUUAACUGUGUGUCAUUGCCAACUUCUGUGGCAUCUUCAGUGCCUGCGGAGGUUUCAGUACUAACCAGUGCAUCUAAUUCAAUAAAUGCUUCCCCCAAAAAACCGUCUGCUGGCUUGCCAUCCAGUGCAAAAUCAAAAAGGACAAACAAAAAGCCAAGUACGAAGAAACACCAAGCAGUCAACAAUAAAGUGUCCUGUGCAACAGUUUCUAGCAAAGAUGGAGGAAAGGUGGACUGUGCUCCUGUGGAAACAGCGGCAAAGCAUUCAAGUGGGGAAGGGCCGCUGGAAAACACUCCAGCAGUAUCUCAAUCUGUAACUAUAUCACAGGCAAGCAGCGUGGCAGCAUCGAGUGGUGUCGGUAUUUCUGACUCUCAUUCCAAAGAGACUGCGAGCUCUGAACAGGCAGUGAAAGCACCCUCUGUUCCCAAGCCGAGCUCAGAGGCACCUCCUUCUUUACCACUGGAGUCCGUGGUGUCAGAGCAGCUGCCUCUUGUCCCAUCGGCUCCCAAGGAUGCUGCUCCUCACCAGCAGGCACUUGGACCUCAGAAUCACCCACCAACUGUCUCUGACUUGUCAGAGUCUCCCAAACCCUGUGAACCCCCCAGCACCUUAACGUCCUCCCGUAGCGAAGCACAGGUGACACAUUCUCAGGUUGCUGGGACAUCAGCAGCACAGAGCGGCACAACAAGUCAUAAUUCCAAGGCAGGAAUGAUUUCAGAGUCUUGCAACAUUGAGCAGGAUUCCUCAGUGGUAAUGCAAGAUGCAGACUUGUUAGAAGGACAGGGUCUAACCAAAAUGCUGUCUGAUCUCACAAAAGAAAGAACAGCUGUGGAAAAAAACUCUUCAUUUACUGUUCAGGGGGAGCACUCUAAUUUUCCUAUGGAAAACUCCAAAUCAGCAGAAUCAAAUGCUGAUUUGCCCGAGAAGCAGGAACUCCUGCUAAUGAACUCGGAAGGUGACACUCUCUCCCAGCAUCACUCCUGCAUCUCUGAUCAGGAAGUGGUCAGUGCUUCCCUUAUUGCUGGCAGGCAGGCAGACUCCCCAAUGUCAACCAGCUCUGGCAGCAGUCGAGGCUUCUCAGUUGCAUCUAUGUUGCCAGACACCACCAGAGAAGAUGUCACAAGCAGCACCUCAACCACCACCUGUAACAGCUGCACAUUUUCAGAACAGACUGAUAUUGUAGCUCUUGCGGCGAGAGCUAUUUUUGACCAGGAAAACCUUGAGAAAGGUGGAGGAGGAGUACAGGUUAACACGAGGGAUGCUGUCUCUAAGUCAGCUGAGGUUGCACCGCUGGAGAGAGAGCAACAGCCUUUUAAACCUCAGUCAGUGAAAGAAAACAAUGCAGGGCCGUUGGAAGUGGCCCCAAACAAAUUCAGUGCUCACGAUACAGCACCGGCAAACAUUGACAGGCAGGUUGAAAAGCCAAGCUGCUCCGUAGGAGGUGUAGAAACAUCGAACCCUCCUUUGCAGAUUUCCACCUCCCAGACACCAAGCAUAACCAGUCUAAGCGUGAAUAAUCUAAUACACCAGAGUCGCAUUGUCCAUCCCCUGGUGAGUUGCUCAAGUUUAUCCCAGCCUUCGGAGCCUGCAAGUGUCCCUGCAACUGUGAGCCUCUCCCUUCCAUCUAGCACGUAUAUCAAUCAGUCUCCAGGACCUGCUAUGAUGAGUGAGUAUGCUCAGGAACAACUGAAUGCCAUUAGGGCAAGCACCAUGCAGGCUCCCCAGCUGCAGGAGUCACACUUAAAGCAUCAGAGUCACGAAGGUCGCAAAGACUCAGCCAAGCGGGCCGUUCAAGAUGACCUUCUGCUUUCUACAGCAAAGAGGCAAAAGCAGUGCCAGACAGCACCCAUAAGGCUUGAGGGGAUGGCAUUGAUGAACCGGACACCAGAGAGUAUCGCUGAUCAAACACAGAUGCUGGUCAGUCAGAUUCCUCCUAAUUCUUCCAAUUCAGUGGUGUCCGUGAGCAAUCAAGGGCAUGCUGAUGGCCUCAAUAGAUUAUUUCCACCCAACAGCAAUUUUGUAACGCCAGCUUUGAGGCAAACUGAGGUUCAGUGUGGUUCUCAGCCAUCAAUUUCAGAGCAGCCAGGCCAGGCAGGGCAGCACUUGCAGCCAAUUCAACAUGUUCCUUCCCAAGGCAUCUCUCACCUCCACAAUAAUCACCCAUACUUAAAGCAACAGCAGGCUGGUCAGUUGAGAGAGAGGCACCACUUGUAUCAGCUGCAGCACCACGUCACUCAUGGGGAAAACUCAGUCCACUCUCAACCCCACAGUGUCCACCAACAGCGAACAAUACAGCAGGAGGUGCAAAUGCAAAAGAAGAGGAAUCUCAUCCAGGGAACACAAGCCACGCAGCUUUCCCUGCAGCAGAAACACCACGGAAGCGAUCAAACACGGCAAAAGGGUGGUCAGCCUCAUCCUCACCACCAACAAAUGCAGCAGCAGAUGCAGCAGCACUUUGGAGCUUCCCAGCCUGAAAAGAACUGUGAAAAUCCUGCAACAAGCAGAAACCAUCAUAACCACCCUCAGAGCCAUAUGAAUCAGGAUAUUAUGCAUCAGCAGCAACAAGAUGUUAGCAGCAGACAGCAAGGUUCCGCUUCUGAACAUGUUUCAGGGCACAAUCAGAUGCAAAGACUUAUGACCUCAAGGGGCUUAGAGCAGCAAAUGGUGUCCCAGGCAAGCAUCGUAACCAGACCAUCAGAUAUGACCUGCACCCCUCACAGGCAGGAAAGAAACAGAGUUUCCAGCUACUCUGCUGAGGCCCUCAUUGGGAAAACGCCCUCUAAUUCGGAGCAGAGAAUAGGAAUAUCUCUUCAAGGCCCUAGGGUUUCUGACCAGCUUGAAAUGAGAAGUUAUCUUGAUGUUUCCAGAAAUAAAGGGUUGGCGAUUCAUAAUAUGCAGGGCCGCUUGUCUGUCGACCACACAGUUGGCUCAGAUGUGCAGCGUCUUUCCGACUGCCAAACCUUUAAGCCCACUGGACCCAAUCAACAACCGGCAGGCAAUUUCGAUGUUCAGGCUUCAAGGAACAGUGAAAUUGGCAAUCCUGUGUCAUCCCUCAGGGGCAUGCAGUCACAAGCGUUCCGAAUCGGUCAAAAUACUGGGCCCUCCAUAGAGAGACAGAAGAGACUGCCCUACCAGCCAGUUCAGGGUAUUCCAACGGGGAAUACGCUGCCAUCAAGGGAAAACGAAAACACAUGCCACCAAAGUUUCAUGCAGAGUUUGCUCGCCCCUCACCUUGGAGAUCAAGUUAGUGGAAACCAAAGAUCAAUCCCAGAACAUCAAAGGAACACACAGUGUGGCGCCUCCUCCACAAUAGAGUACAACUGUCCCCCAGCGCGAGACGGCGUCCACAUCCGAAGAGACGGUGAUGGCCAGAGUAGGGAAAGCUGUGACAUGUCUAUUGGGGCAAUUAACACAAGGAACAGUUCUUUGACUAUUCCUUUUUCGAGUUCUUCUUCCUCGGGAGAUAUUCAGGGUCGCAAUACAAGCCCAAACAUCUCUGUGCAGAAGUCCAACCCCAUGAGGAUGACAGACAGUCAUGGAACUAAGAGCCACAUGAAUACGCCUGUUUCUAGCAACAUGCAUGGGGUCGUGAGGCCAACUCACCCUCACCCUGCAGUUUCUCACGGAAACGGUGAGCAAGGGCAGCCUUCUGUUCGCCAACCAAAUUCUUCAGUUACUCAGCGGUCAAGACAUCCUCUGCAAGACAAUGGAGGUUCUAAAAUACGUCAGCCUGAAAGGAAUCGAUCUGGAAAUCAAAGACAUGGAAAUGUCUUUGACCCUAGUCUUCCCCAUCUUCCCCUGUCCACCAGUGGCAGUAUGAUCCUUGGGCGCCAGCAGUCUGCGAUAGAAAAAAGAGGAAGCAUUGUCCGGUUUAUGUCUGAUGGCCCUCAAGUGUCUAACGAUAACACGGCCCCUGACCAACAUACUCUCUCUCAAAAUUUUGGAUUCCCUUUUAUUCCAGAGGGUGGCAUGAAUCCACCAAUAAAUGCCAAUGCCUCUUUCAUUCCACCGGUCACUCAGCCUAGUGCCACUCGAACACCAGCUCUAAUCCCAGUUGAUCCUCAGAAUACGCUGCCAUCCUUCUAUCCACCUUACUCUCCUGCCCACCCUACCCUCUCCAAUGACAUUUCUAUCCCUUACUUUCCCAAUCAAAUGUUUCCUAACCCAAGCACAGAGAAACCAAGUAGUGGAAGUUUAAACAAUCGAUUUGGAUCCAUUUUGUCUCCUCCCAGGCCUGUUGGUUUUGCUCAGCCAAGUUUUCCUUUGCUUCCAGAUAUGCCGCCAAUGCACAUGACCAACACGUCGCACUUAUCCAAUUUUAACUUAACGUCUUUGUUUCCAGAAAUAGCCACAGCUCUUCCUCCAGAUGGUUCAGCAAUGUCGCCUUUGCUUUCCAUUGCAAACACAUCUGCUUCAGAUUCUUCCAAGCAGUCCUCAAACCGACCUGCGCACAACAUAAGCCAUAUUUUAGGUCAUGACUGCAGCUCAGCUGUAUGAAAACUGAUAGACUGACUUCUAGUCUGAUGCGUUGUUUAUAUAUUUAAGAAGAAGAGAGUGGAGACCAUUCAUAGCAUCACUGUUUAUUUGCCUAAAUGUAUGUAUAUGGGUACUUUCUGUAUUUAUAUACAUGUUGUAUUUCCACCCACCUUACUAACUCUAAAGCACCAGUGCCUAAAGCAUUGCUUACUUACUAGUAAACAGUAAGGAUGCAACACUGAGAGGUGUGCAAAUAUUGGUUGUUGAUUUUCCAACAAUCAAGUUUGAUGUCUGAUUGUUCCAAGGUAAAGAGAGGAGUAAGAGCAUCCGUACGGGAGACAGGAAACAAGUGCUACAGUUGUCGAUUUGUUUAUGAUACGCUUACCUGAAACUGCAGAGGAACUUGAAAUGGCUUGGGUUUCUCUUUUGUAAAAUAUCUUCAGGAGCCUCAACACAAGUCAAAUCUGUGUUAACCCAGUGUUAAUUGAAAAAGGCAUUAGUUGUGCAGCUUUUGUCUGUUUUAAGCUUGCCCUGCACACUUAACUUAAAGCUGACUUUACGUGGUUAAAAUUACUACAUGUUCGCAUGGUCAGCAAUUAAAAAUACUGUUUUAGAGAAUUUGGAUCUCUUUAACCCAUGACUUUCCAUUUCUAAGAAGAAUUUUGCUUGGAUCUGUUUUAGGAGUGGCUUCAGUUACUGCUGAACUCAGUCAACGUUUAAAUGUAGCUUGCGACUCCUUCUGGUGCAGUCAGCAGAGACAGCAGCUGUGUUUGUUGCCAUUUCACUGUUCAUUGCUGCAAGUUACCUCAGGGUGGGUUUUGUACCUUGGUUAGCACCUUCUUAAUGUCCUUUUCCUUUUAUUCCCCCUCUCCUUUUCUUUGGCCCAUGCUCAAACACCAGCUUUCUGGCUUCUGUGAGUGACAGCCCAACAGCCCUUUGUUGUACCAGGCAGCCCAUGGGCGGAGGACUGAACCUGUGGCACCCCACAAAAUGAGUGGGGAUCCUUGGGUGCAGUGUUCACUUGAUAUUGCUGACCAGAUCAAGCCCAAGUUAUUAUCAGUACUCUGCACUUGAAUGCACCUUUUAUCUAAACCUGUGGGAUUGUGGCUGAAGGAGGAACAUGGUUGUGUCAAGAGUAAACAUACCAGGAAGACACUGGGAUUUGAACACCACAAGGAAGAAUGAUGUGUUUGUUCAUGUGUGAGAUAUGGAGUGAAUGUGUGUGCACUAGUUGAGUCUCCAGUACUUUCACAAAUUUCAAUCCCAUUUCUUUUAAAGGAAAGGGAAGAACUAGGUAAAAUUAAUGGCUCUGCACUGUGCUUUUCUUCAAACAAGGCAGAAAUAUUUGUCUUUUAUUUUUAUGUGCUUGGAAAUGCCAUUCUGGGCUUGAUUCUUCAAAUAACAUGGUAACUUCAGGUUCCCUUAUAUGCAAUCCUCCCCCUACCAGCUGCAGAGUGGCAAAACCUGUUCCAGGACCUCUUCUCUGGGCUGGGUAAGCUUGAAAUGCUUGUGUGUUGCACACCAGCACAUUGUCUUGCUGCUCCUGGGACCUGUCACAGGCCCCUGCUGAGGGCAUGGGGAGGAGCAGGCUCCCUGGGAUUUUGCUUUGUUAUGGUUUAGGUUUUUUUCUUUGAAAGGUGGAAAGGAAUAUAUUCCUCCAUCUCCAAGAACAGAACCCUCAAAGACAGACCUGCAACAUUUGUCCAUAGAUUGACUUCCCAGAUGUUGUUUUUGCUAAGCCCUUUUCCACUGAUCCAGGAAAGUAAGGAGACUCUGACAUGAAAAAUAAUUGGGCCUUGUCUGUAGUCUGUCCCAGCAAUGUCUCUGCUCUUGUAACCUGCAGUCUGAUAUUUUCCCACAAGGUGAAGUAAAAUGGUUCUGAUUCUGAUUGGGAAUCACUUUUUAAUUCAGAUGGAGCCUAUCUUAGGACAGUAAAUCUAAGUGGUGCAUCAGUUCUCUGUGUUUCUUGAAAAUAAUAGACUGAAUAUUUAUUUCAGUUCCCAGCCUGUGUCUGCCAAAGUGUAGUUACCAAUGGAGUGGCAGGCACUGGGCUGUGCAGAGAGCAGGAGGUUUAGGAAUGAGUCAGUCCUCAGCCUCAAGCUGACUAAGCCCAACUACAGGUCUCAGUGUUCUGUGGUGAGACUCUUGAUCAAAUGGAUUUCCUUAAUGCAGUAGCUCUCAGAGGGGCUGCCUCAGCUGGUGAAAUGAGUUCCAUAACAGGGAGUGGUUCCAUGGUUUCUGGAAGAUAAAGACAGGGGGAUCGAAGCAGCGGCCACACUGUGCGUUACGUGUUUGUCUGGACUCUGAGGAGGGAAGCAAACCCACCGUUCUUGCUCUCUUUAAAUGGCAUCGUGUGUGCAGUGGUGGGUUUGGCUUUCAAGACAAACUAGUGAAAAAUUAAGCCCUGGCUUCUAGGACUUUAUAUAUAAAUAUGUUAAUCCUUCUCUUCAUUCCAGACAUUCACACUACCACAUUAGUUUCCUCAGCUGGGAAAACUGCAUUACUUCAUGAUGUCUGUGAAAAAUGGAGUGACCUUAUAAAGUUCUACCUGUUGCAACACUAGAACGUCCACAGAUCCAUUUGGCUGGAUAAGCUUCAUUCCAGAGUACUGAAGGAGCAAUCAGGACAUACGGCAGUAUCCCACUUGGUCAUCCACCAAAGGUCUGGGGAGGUCCCUGCUGAUGGGAAAGUAGCCAGCCUUAUUCCAAUCUGCAGAAAGGGUGUG